CACAAAAUGCGUGAAAUUGUGCACAUGCAAGCUGGUCAAUGCGGAAAUCAAAUCGGUGGAAAAUUUUGGGAGGUUAUAUCUGAUGAGCAUUGCAUAGACGCCACUGGAACGUAUUACGGUGACAGUGAUUUGCAACUGGAACGAAGUAAUGUCUACCCACAUGAGGCUACAGGGGCCAAAUAUGUUCCGCGAGCUAUAUUGGUAGAUUUGGAACCAGGGACAAUGGAUUCAGUACGUUCUGGUGCUUUUGGUCAAAUCUUCAAACCCGACAACUUUGUAUUCGGGCAGUCAGGGGCUGGUAACAAUUGGGCCAAAGGGCACUAUACCGAAGGUGCAGAGUUAGUCGAUUCUGUGUUAGAUGUCAUUCGGAAAGAAGCAGAAGGGUGCGAUUGCUUACAGGGUUUCCAGCUGACACAUUCAUUGGGCGGCGGUACUGGUUCAGGUAUGGGUACUUUACUAUUAUCAAAAAUCCGUGAAGAAUAUCCAGAUCGUAUUAUGUGCACAUUUUCUGUGGUCCCGUCACCGAAGGUGUCUGAUACGGUCGUCGAACCCUACAAUGCAACGCUGAGUGUCUAUCAACUCAUGGAAAAUACUGACGAAACCUUUUGUAUAGAUAAUGAAGCUUUGUAUGACAUUUGCUUUAGAACUUUAAAGUUAACCACGCCUACAUAUGGUGAUCUAAAUCACUUAGUAUCGGCGACAAUGUCCGGAGUAACCACGUGCUUACGUUUUCCUGGUCAGCUGAAUGCAGACCUACGCAAAUUGGCCGUGAAUCUGAUUCCUUUCCCACGUUUGCAUUUCUUUAUGCCUGGUUUUGCUCCGCUCACUUCUCGAGGUUCGCAACAGUACCGCGCUUUAACCGUGCCAGAACUUACGCAACAAAUGUUCGAUGCCAAAAAUAUGAUGGCGGCUUGUGAUCCACGCCAUGGCCGCUAUCUGACCGUGGCGGCCAUAUUUCGCGGUCGUAUGUCUAUGAAGGAAGUGGACGAACAAAUGCUAAAUAUACAACAGAAAAAUAGCAGCUUUUUCGUAGAGUGGAUCCCAAAUAAUUGUAAGACAGCCGUUUGUGAUAUACCACCACGUGGCUUAAAGAUGUCUGCGACGUUCUUAGGCAAUUCAACUGCCAUUCAAGAACUGUUUAAACGUGUCUCCGAACAGUUUACAGCCAUGUUUAGACGCAAAGCUUUUUUGCAUUGGUAUACCGGCGAAGGCAUGGACGAAAUGGAGUUCACUGAAGCCGAAAGCAGUAUGAACGAUUUAGUGUCCGAAUAUCAGCAAUACCAAGAGGCCACAGCCGAAGAGGAAGGUGAAUUCGAUGAAGAUGAAGAGGGGGGAGCCGAUGAAUGA